UAGUGUAGGCUAAUAAAAAAGGUUCUAUACUUCUGGCCUAUAAAAGGACAACCCCAUUGGCCAAAACACUACCACAACACUCCAUCAUCGUCAUCGUCAUCAUCAUCAUCAUCAAUUUCAUGGACAGUUCCUCUGUAACUCCAAUGAAACCAGACAAUAAUGGCCAAUAUGAUGAUCAAGACAACACCAACAACAACAAACUUUCAACUACACAAACAAAACCCUCCAAAGGUGGCUGGAAUGCGGCACUCUUCAUCAUCUUUGUUGAAGUGGCUGACCGGUUUGCCUUCUAUGGUCUUGCCGGGAACCUGAUUAUGUACCUAACUAACAUUCUCCGUCAACCAAUGGCCACUGCGGCCAAAAACGUAAACUUUUGGGUGGGUGUCUCAUCUCUUUUCCCAAUCCUCGGCGCCUUAUUGGCCGACUCAUUCCUCGGCCGAUUCCACACCAUACUUUUCUCCUCCAUCAUUUAUUUAACGGGAAUGGUGAUGGUGACGUUGUCAGCAUCGUCGAUUUGUGGGGAGUACAAGAAGGUGUUAUUCUUCGUGUCACUGUACGUGUUAUCAGUGGGCGAAGGAGGACACAAGCCGUGUGUUCAGACCUUUGCGGCCGACCAGUUUGAGGAGAAAACAGCCGAAGAGAAAAAGGCUAAGAGCUCUUUCUUCAAUUGGUGGUAUUUGGGGAUUGUUGCUGGUGCCACCGUGGCAAUCAUACUCGUUAUAUAUAUACAGGACAACAUAAGUUGGACACUUGGUUUUGGAAUAUUGGCGGCGGUGUUGGCAGCGGCGCUAGGGCUGUUUCUACUAGGAACAAGGCGGUACCGUAACCGGGUUGCGGCGGGAAGCCCGUUGACAACGGUUGCUCGGGUGUUGGUGGCGGCAGCACGGAAGUGGCGCGUGGGAGAGACGCGCGGCAUAUAUUAUGGGAAUGAUGAUGUAGUAGUGGUUGUGGGGCCUGAAAUUGAUGGUCAACUAGGUGCUCCGCUCUUGACCCCUACCAAUAAAUUCAGAUUCUUGAACAAGGCAACCAUCAUCGACAGCCAAGACUUAAGUGAAGGUAAAAAUCCAUGGAGAUUGUGCUCAGUGACUCAAGUAGAAGAAGUGAAGCUUGUCCUUCGUCUCAUUCCCAUAUGGUUAAGCUGUCUUAUGUUCAACGUAGUCCAAGCUCAACUCCACACCUUCUUCACCAAACAAGGCAGCACAAUGGUCCGUUCCAUUGGAUCAUCACACUUCCUACUUCCACCAGCAUCACUUCAAAGCCUCGUCGGUAUCACUAUUCUCAUCGCGGUCCCAAUCUAUGACCGGGUUUUCAUUCCCUUAGCCCGAAAAUUCACCGGACACCCUUCUGGCAUAACCGUGUUGCAACGGAUCGGCUUUGGCCUCUUCCUUUCCAUACUCAACAUGGUUGUUUCGGGUUUAGUGGAAUCGAAACGAGUUGAUAUCGCCUCGAGACACGGGCUCUUGGAUAGCCCUAAGGCUGUUGUACCAAUUAGGGUUUGGUGGUUAUUGCCACAAUACAUGAUUUGUGGAGUGUCCGAUGCAUUUGCUGUGGUGGGACUCCAAGAAUUGUUUUAUGCCGAAAUGCCUGAAGGAAUGAGAAGCUUGGGGGCUGCAGCUCAUAUUAGUAUUUUGGGAGUUGGAAAUUUCAUGAGUGGUUGGAUAAUAUCUCUUGUUCAAGUGAUUAGCUCUAGAUAUGGUGAUGAUGAUGAUCAUGAGCAGAGUUGGCUUGGGGACAAUUUAAACCGUUCUCAUCUACACUAUUUCUAUUGGGUGUUGGCUGCAUUGAGUGCCUUAAAUUUGGGUCUUUAUAUUUGGAUCUCUAGUGGUUUUGUGUACAAGGAUAACAUUGUUGAAGGUCAUAAAAAAGUGAUUAAGGUAAGAAAUGAGAGGUCAAAUGUUCAUGUGGAUAAUGGACAAGUAUGAAUGAUGAUGAUGAUUAGUUAAAAUUAUAGUUUAAUUUAGUUUUUUAAGAUGUAGGAUCGAGCGCAUGGUGAAUUAGACCUACUUUAAUGUUAUGAAAACAUGUUUUCGUGUUACUUAAUUAACUUACUUUGCCAUGUAAUAUAUAUUUUAUAUAUGUCGAUCAUAAUUUCAUGAUGUACUUAAUUAAUUUAAAAA